UGUCCAGUUAAUAGAACUAGCUUCAGUGCAAUCUUGGCUUCACAAGUUAAGCAUGACAUUUCCUCGUGUUUCGGGUUACGAAUUGUGGGUUCGGGUUUAUGUCAAUGAUUUCUAAUCAUUAUGGUUACUAUGAUUGGAUUCUUUCAUUGGACUGGGCUACUCAUUCACUGAAAUAAUUGAUUGAAUAUUCCAUUCUGAAUUUCUCUUAGUACAUAGCUGAAUAAUCAUGUAUUCAGGGAUUUGCAGAGCGGAAUUAUGUAUUCUGGAAUCUGCAGAUUGAGCCACUCGGCUGACUUCUUUGCCAGGCUGAAUUGAUAUAAUGGCCGGAGUAACGUUUUCCUGUCUGAAACGUCUCAAGAAAUUAUCAGCCAAGUGUUCUUUGAACUCAGAGCUAAUUCAACCACAUCACCGUAUGAUGAACCUUACUAGACGUGAGGAUUGCGUUCAUGUAAGCUUUCCGGGUAUCUCACUGAGUCAAGCUUAUUCCAAAGGAGAGUUACAGUUACAUGACAUUUUUGCCAAGAACCAGUUUAGAACUAUGAUUUCUGAAAACAGCAACCUCUUGAGUACCAAACCCAGUGCUUCAUUUUCUCCUAAAUUUUCCAGCUUUUGGCUCCACCAUGCUCUUCCUUUCAGUUCAAUGACCCUCUUGUUGAAUCAUCGGUCAUAUUCUUCGUCUCUGAGUGGCAAAUUAAGUAGAGAUGGAACCACAGAUUUUGCACCUGAUUCUAUUGAUGCAAGUGACUGGACUGAUGAAUUGACUCCAUUUCUUCAACAGUUGCUCGACUCAAAUCCUUACCUCAACGAUGUGGUUAUUCCGCUUGGUGGUACAUUGACUGCCACUCUAAUAGCAUGGACUGUGAUGCCUCUGAUCUUGAGGAAAUUUCACGAAAAUGCAUUGCAAAGUUCUGCAGCAACAUUUCUGAGAAGCAAAUAUGGUGAGCAAGUUCCUUAUGAGAAAAGCUUGUGGGGUGCUUUGGAGGAUCCACUGCGAUAUUUGGUUACCUUCGUGGCAUUCUCACAGAUUUGUGUAAUGGUAGCUCCAACAAGUGAAGCCCCACAGCAACUAGCAGAGGCAUGGAGGGAGGCAGUAAUGUUGUUAUUUACGUGGUUUUUGCAUCGAUGGAAGACAAAUAUCUUGGGACACAUGUCGUCAAGUCAAAGUUUACUUGGGCAUGGUCAACAUAAAUUGCUUACUCUGGACAAAGUCUCAUCUGCUGGUGUAUUUGGGAUUGGUACAAUGGCUCUGGCCGAGGCUUGUGGUGUCUCUGUUCAAUCUAUUGCAACUGCUGGCUGCAUAGGAGGACUUGCCACAGCCAUUGCCGCCAGAGACGUCCUUGGCAAUGCGUUCAGUGGAUUGUGUAUGCAGUUCACGGAGCCCUUUACAAUUGGAGAUACAAUCAAAGCUGGGUCAGUGGAAGGAGAAGUUAUUGAAAUGGGAGUGACAAGCACAUCAUUGGUGAAUGCCGAGAAGUUGACAGUGGUAGUGCCCAACUCAUUUUUUUGCAGCGAGGUAGUGGUGAUAAAGAGUCGAGUUGAAUGGCACAGUAUGAUAUCGAAGAUUCCGGUGAGGGUUGAAGCGAUAAAUAGGAUUUCCAGAAUAAAAGAUGAUAUAAAAAGUAUGCUAGCAACAAACCCCAAGGUUUUGUCGGGGAAAGGGAGCCCUUACUGUUACUUGUCCCGCAUUGAAACUUCAUACGCAGAGUUGACACUUGGAUACAACCUCAAACACAUGGGCAAAGAUGAGAUGCGUGGGGCAGAACAAGACAUCGUGGGGUUGGCUGUUGAGAUUACCAAGAGGCACGCUGCUGAACUUGGCCUUCUCACCUCUUCUUCAUCGGAUUCUGACUGAUGCACAAAGCUUCUCUCUGCUUCCUUUGCUGAAGCCUCGGUCACAACUUGAAUGAGCUUCAUCAGAUCAUCUUGGUACUAUCGUCCGCAGCAUCUGGACAUGUUGAGUCACCGAGUCGCCACAUCCCAGAGCAAGUGUAGCCUCGAUUCGAUCUAGGCCAGAAGAUCACCAUCCAUUAUAGCUUCAUACAAUUCUUGUCUUUUAAUCACUCCUAUCCAGAUAUCUCAGCGCCAUGAGAGAUAAAUUAAAAACAAAACAGCUUCUGAAAAUUAGGACUCUACUUUAAAAAUCCAAAGAUCAGUCGAAACCUGAAACCACAUUUUUUAAAUUCAUGUAUCACAGAAUUUGUUGCGUUCUUAAAUUCAAAAGUUUUACUGACAAUGCAUGGUGCACUAAUAAAUCAUAAAAAAUUAGAUAUUUGUAAUUGUAACUCAAUUUUCAAUAUUUAUAUUUUUUU